CUCAGCGCACUUGUUAAGUACUUCGAAAGAUCAACACAACUUCUCAGCUUAAUUAACAGCUGAUUGGCGCUUAUGGGUUGAUUACGUUUCAAAGGAUUAACGACUCUUUGUGACGGUAGAUGACCUGACGUCGCCAUGGCCAUGAACUACGUGGGCAGCAUUUCCAUCAUGGACCGCGGCGACGCCCCCGCACAGGCCGUGAUGGACCGGAAUGCACGGUCCCUGGCCCAGCGUGUGGCGGACGAGACGAGAGACGAGUUGGAGAAAGUAUUGUCCAGGGUGGAAAAUAUCUAUGGCUCGUUUGAGAUGAGCGGGGAGUACGGCUAUGACACUAACAUGGAGUAUGUCAAUGAUAUUGGCGAGCUGGAGGAGCUGAUUCGAGACCAGGUCAAGAAGAGGAAGUAUCAGCAGCAGGUGACCAUCUUCAUCGUGGGUUUCCAGGAUGUCAGUGGUCAGAAGCUUCGCCUUCUCCAGCAGGUCAAUGAGUUCUUCAUGGAGAACUCUAAGUCCUAUGAAGAGGAGGACUGGUUUCCUGGGACCCCCGACAUCGACUUGGAGGAUGUCGCGGACAAGAUUGAUGACUCGCUCAAGACGGCCAAUGAUCUCACCAAGAGACUGGGAGAGCUAAACAAGGAAAUUGUAGACUGCCUGGCAGCCUACGCAGAGAAGAAAGCCACUAAUAAACAAGUAAACCUCCAAGGUGGGGAAGUGAAAGGCAGGAAGAAGCUGGAGAAAGCCCUACAGUCCACGAGGGAUGAAGUGGCCAAUCUCAGCGAGAAGCUGCUCUCCAUCCAGACAGAAAUUGAGGAAAAGGAGGAAAAGAUGCAGGCAUUGUUUAAACAGCUGGAAGUGAAGAACCUGGAACUCCAGCGCUUCAAGACAGCUGCUGAAGUUGCAAAGAAAAACGUGCAGGAUUCGGAGCGGCUUCAAGCCGAAAUAGCAGCUCGCGAUGAAACCAUAAAGGAACUUCGCCAAAAGGUCAAUCACUUAGAAAUAGAGGUGACCUCGUCUAAUCACACCGAGGAGGUCAGUCAAUCGAAGCUGGCAUCAGUUGCGGAGGAGAAUCAGCAUCGGAUCACCAAGCUGACUCAGGAGGUGGAAGACAGGAAGAUAGCCAUCGAUGAGGCAAAACGGGACCUGCAGAAGGUCCACGAGUCACAGGUGAACGCCCUCCAGGAGACUCACCGCACGGAGAUCGACGACCUGAAGAAACAACAUGCGGACGAGGUCAAGCAGCUGGUGGAGGAGCUGGAGAGAACCCAACAUGAGCUGAUAGCAGCUCAGCACCGUGCAGCUCAACUCCAGUCGGAGAAGGGCGAUCGUGAAUCCACAGACACUACCCGAAUAUUUGACCUUGACCCCUCUGAGCCUCCAAGUCAGGACACGACUCGCCAGUCAACCAGAGAAGGAUCAAGACAGAGUGAAAAGUCCAAAGGAAAGACCAAGUCUAAGUCUAAGACUGGGGAGACACGUUCCAAGGCAAGUCGGCAGGGCAGUGUAGCCAGCAAAAAGUCGGGGAAAUCGCCCAGCCGGGGGUCCAAGUCAGAGUCGAAGCCAGGCAGCAGGGCAAGCAUCAAGGCCGACGAUCACAAAGACGAUGUUGACGAUGAAAUAGUCGAUAUCACACAAUACACACCAGCAGAUGCCAAGGAGUACGCUGAGGCUGCCGUGCAGGACGAAGGAGGCAACCCUUCCACGGCCAGUGUGGAGAAAACUGUAGCUAAGGGGAGACGAUCCAAGACAGGACUGGCACCAGUUCGGGAGACAGAUGCUGCAGAGUAUGACAAUGCGUUCGACCUGUCUGAUGAUGCAUCAUGGGCUGCAGUGCCCAGUGACCAGGUGUCUGGGAGGUUCACACAGUACAGGAAGCUGUGUCAGCGGCGUGUGGCGGAGUUGGAGGAACAGCUGCAGCUGACCCAGGCCAAGACCCAGCGGAAGGUCAGCACACUGAAGGCCCAGUUCCAGGAACACAAGGCCAAGUGGGAGGCCGAGAGGAAGUUGCUGUUUGAGCAGGUGUCGCAGGCUCACAAGCUCCAGACGGAGGCCGAGAAGGAAGCAGAUGCAGCCAUGACACAACUGGAGGAUUUCAUCAAUGAGCAAGAGAAACUGGAGCUUGAUGAAGAGUCAAAGAGACAGGGAAUCCUGGGAAAGACUGACACCGUUGCUAUGGAAGCCAAGGCAACUGCUGCCAAGAAACAGGGGGAGUCAACAACAGAUGGAGCGAUGGCAGCCCAGCCCGCCAGGUCUGAGGACACAGAGCAUGACCUAAGGACACUCCUUCAACAGACUGAUGAUGCUAAGGUCCAGGAGCUGAAUUCCAGGAUGACUACAUCAGGAGCCAUGUCGGCUCCACCUGCUGUUGAGGACGAUGAAGUGGAGCCUGCAGACAAGAUUCCUCUCAAGCUUGACACAAAGGAGCCAGCACCUAGAACCAAGCAGGUAGGCCUGGAGAAUCACCUGGAGGAGCUGGUUUGCCCGCUGGGACUGUCUCUGAAGCAUGAGCUCAGUACCGUGGAGGAACUCUUUGACCACAUGUAUUCUGAGCAGACUCUUGGAUCUGACAAGACAGAAAGAAUUAAGGAGGUUCCCGAUAUUGUAGUGAACUCUGCCUUCCACCGUAAGCACAUGGCUCCAGGUCUCUACAACCAGGACAGUCUAACAGUGCCCAAGUUGAACCUACCUAAUGCUUCAUCUGGAUCUAGUAAAUAUUUGGGUCAGAAUAUGUUGGGGAAUAUGUUGGAAAAUAUGUCUGAUUCAAAGGUGAGAAUUUGUAGGAUUCCGUCUGAAGUUGUCCAGAAGACAUCCAAGGGUGUGCCUAUAACAGGGGUACAGGUCAUUGUGACUCCAGUAACCAAGAUGCUUCACUCUGUCCGGGCAAAGGAGGUCGUGGCGGACAUGAUGAAUGAAGACGCGAUUGAUGGACAGACAGGAAGUCUGGUAUCAGAUGAGAAGAAAGCUGUGGAGAGUGUCUGCGAUGGUUCCCGUCAACAUCAUGCAACAGGCUCAGGAAAUUUAGAAGAGAAAAAAACUGACAGUUUGGAUCACGAAAAUUUGCAAAUUGUAAAAAAUACAGAUGCAAAGAUUGUUGACGAGGAUUCAAGAAAUCUGAUUGGUCAUGACCACCAUACAGACACUGACAUUAAUGAGAGGGUUAGUUCAGAUAAUAAACAUGAGGGUAAGAAAAGUGAUGAAAAUGAUGUAAUCGAUGAGACCUUCAAAGAAUUGGAGGAGAGUGACCAUAUAGAUCCAUCCAAUCACCAUCUGUAUCCUAACAUGGAUGGACAACAAUACCAGAGUGAGAUUAUCUUAAUUGAUGGUUUUCCAUACAUUGUACAAAGAAGACACUCGCCAGAAGACAAAAAGGAUGAGUUGGUUACAAAUAUGAAUUAUUAUGAUUCAGGAAUUGAUGCCACUGAUGUUGAUAAUAGUAGCUCCACAUUGGAAAUAGUGGAUGACAAAUCACAAGACCUUUCGCCGAAGAGUUCUUGGAGCGAACUGGAGGCAAACCGAGGCUUCAGUAGCGUGUUAGAGAGUCAGCACACCAAAUCCUUACCUCCAAGCCAGCAGAUUACCGUGAAGAACCUCAAGAAGAUGAUGACUCAGACAUCAGUUGUGGAAAAGCAGGACAAGCUUCUUGAGAUGGUCCGAGUAUUUGUCCAGUCUUUCACAGCAGGUCAGGACUUGACCGAUGACCAGAAGGUUCGGACCAGCACACUUGUUGCCCUGGCAACCCUGAUGGUGAUGGAGGAGAAUGAGCUGGGGUUGUCCAGUGGGAAGGUGCUGAGCAUGUUUGGGAGGCUGAUGUCCGAGGAUCUGGAUGCUCUGGUUGCGGGAUUCCGCGAGGAGCUGGACUGUGGGGAAGAAGCUGCUUCUCUGUCCGACCUGUAUGGAGACGAGUCACCGGGUAAGGUAGAUGUGACCGCUGAGGAAGACAUUCGAGCAUCGUCAGCACGUAGCAGGGCCUCGCUUCGGAAUCAGUUCCGCCAAAAGUUGGUGGAAACGAAAAAAGUUGUGGAUGAAAGACGGACAAAGUCCCCGGGAAUGGUGCUGCCAACCCCACGGUCCAUGGAGGAAGAUACUCUUCAUCUCGAUGAUGAAGAUGAUGUUACUCUACCGGACGACCUGAAAGAGGAGUACAGACACAAGACACUGGACAUCGGGACGUCACCUCCACCCGGGAUGAAGAGGGACGACACACUCGUCAGCAUCACAGAUGCCAGACAGACCCCCAGCCUGUGGGACCACCCUGUGGUCCAGGACUUUCUCCAGGUGUAUGAAGGAGUGGUGCAGUUUAAAGACCAGCUCGGCAAAAUCCUCAUGGACAAAGAGCUGAUGUCGGCCAGUCAGAUUCUGUCAGAUCUGGACGUUCUCCGGUUGGACAAAUCUGUCAAAAUACAACCCCAGAUAAACAACAUGGCACACAACAUCUACUUCAUGCUGGAGGAAAUAGGAAAUCUCCUCAACAAUAUCCUGGUAUAUGAUCGGGACCCUCCCGUGUCUUCCCUGAACAUAUCCCGCGACCCCACCAAAGGAACACUGACACACGAGGAGACCAUGGACAGUGUGCAGCACGCCUUCCCCUCCACCAGGGGGAGCCAGCGGUCCCAGAGCAGCGACCAGAAGACUUCCUCUUCUGUCCGAGAGUUGCAAGAACAGUACGAGAGGCUAAAUGAACAGUUUGAAGAAGAGAGCAAGAAGCAUGAAGAGCAGUUGAGGCACAACACCGUGGUCAUGAUGGAGAUGCAGGACACUAUCAAUGACCUUCAGCGAGAGUUGUCUACCCUUGGUAAGACAGCCAAAAGAUCAAGGUCAGCAACGCCAGUUCUGCAACAGAGGUUGCAGCAGAUACCAUCUCCGGAGACAUCAGUGAUGUUCACAAGACUUGACUCCGAGAGGAACGCCAAAAUCAUGAAGAAAGCUGUGUUAGACGACCGACUUGGACCAGAGAGGUACAAGGACGCUGUGGGCCAGAUGAACCAGUAUGUGAGUCUGCCGGCCCAGAGACUCGCCCAUCUGGCCAGGAAGUACAUACACCACUGCCGCAUGAAGGCCAUAGAAGAAAAUGUAAAGAAAAGCGAGAGUCUGAAUGAAAAUGUUUUCGAAGUGCUGGACAAGAUGGAGGCUCUACAAAAUGAGCGAGCGCGGAAGUGGGCGGAGCAUAUGGAUGACAUGGGUGCGGAGAGACUGAAGCUGGCCAGUAUUUUGAUGGAGACGCUGGACUCCAUCGAACAGGAGUCCGGACUCUUCCUCAUCAAGCCCAUGUACUCUUUCAGGGGCAGAGAGAUGAAGCAGAAGUAUGUGGGGAAGUUGUCCCGCCCGGGCCGGCCUCUUCGGGCCUCCCCCAUCCGUGAGACGGCCAGCUCCAUGGCCCCCGCGCCCACCCCCUCCUCCCACAUCCGACCCCUGGAUGGCAGUCGGGCAUACCACAAGAUCAGCUCAGCAUCGACCACCUCACACCCAGAGCCUCUGCGCCCCCUGGAGGGAGACCCUGGAGGAGUAGCGGGCGCGUCCAUGUCUUGGGUGGGACAAGCUCCUCGGCAAACGUGGAGUUUCUCGUCGUCACAUGCUAAACAUGUGCCAGCCGACCCCCUCAGUCUGUACAACACCCCCAGGAUACUAGAGCUGGAUAUAAACAGGAUGCUGAUUGGUCAGAACAACAUCAGUUCCCGCCUUCCACAGCCAAUGACAGAGGACAGAUUGGUCAACGCUUCACAGAACAACUUGCGAUCAUAUGUGACAGUCAACCGUCCUGUUGCCACGCCAACCACCACCACAAACUCCAGUAGACCGAGAUCAGCUUCAGGUACCCACCGAGACUCCGUGCCCCCAACCACCCCACAGCAUCCGUCCAGUGCUGGGAUGAAGAAGGUGCGUCUGUCCGACACCGACAUGGAGAUACCACGGUCUCUGCGUCACCCCCGGAGCCCCCCAUUACCCCCAAUAGGAGGAACAGAACCUCCCCAGAGUCCCUCAGGGUCCUCUGUCCGUCAGACUCCACCAAUCAGAGAAGCCGAUACACCAGGUGAUGAUAAGACCCUCACGCGGGAGUCAUCACACCUCACUUCCGCUACAAUAUCCGAGGAUUGAUGGAUUCUUUCACUAUCUAUUCACCCAGUAUUGUGUCUGCAAGCAUUAAACUAAAUGAUGCCCAAAUAAACAAGUUGCAAGUGAAUUCCAUGGCUUCAUCUAACAUUUCUGCCUGAAAGUUUCAUUAAACAAAUAAAAAAUAGGCCCACCCACUAGUUGUCUACUGUUUCCUGAUUGGCUGAUAAAAUCAUAAGAGGUGGUUGGGUUGAAUUAAUUUUGAACUUUUUUCAUUUUUCAUUUUCCCUCAACUCAUAGUUAUCUUCCAAAGUGAAGUUUGAAAGACAGUAAGUUUUCAAAUCUAGCCAUUCUUUCCACUUCUGUUUACUUAAGAUGUAAUAAUCGUCAAGGAGCCUGUAUUAAUGUUCUGUCUGUUUAUCUACAGCUACCUAUUCACAGGAACGAUUAUGAGAUGGGAUGUUCUGUUGAUAGGUGAUCAAUUCCUGUGGCCCAGAAAUAAUGAAUAUUUGGCAAAAUUAAAAUAAGCUGCAUUCUGCUAAUAUUAGUGGUUGAAACAAGGAUUGCAACUUUGACGACAGAGAAACACCUCAGCUCACAAUAACCAGCGACACAGAACUUUGGAUUUACAUAUAUUGGCUCAGUCCCUCAGAGCACAUGCGGAAUGUGAGAGUCAAUUGAUUAAACAGAACUAAAUCAAAAUUAAAACUUAAAUUUAAAUCCUACCUUUUUUUUAUUUUCCCAAAUGCAAAUGUCAUGUUGACAAAGCACCACCACUUAACAAUGCAUGUUAGGAAACGUGUGUUUGACAUGAGAUUGUCGUAUUGCGCAAAUAUUGACAUAUAAACACUGGGCAGUUAUGGAAAUGAUAACAUGUUAAUGAUCGAUAUACAAUCACUGCUUCUUAGCAAUAGCCAACUGUUACAGUAUUACAUAACUGUAUUCAUUGCACUACUUGCAAAACCACCUACAAUAUGUGUGAUUUAUUAUUUAUUAUGCAAGUUUGUUAAGUUUAUGUUACGUAACAAUUGUGUUUGAAAGUAUAUGUCACUUUAAAGAUGUUAUCGGACUGUGGCACUUGUCAUUUCUUGUCAUGAUGAAAGACCACUUACAUCAUGAUUGAGACAGGUGAAAAUAAGGUUUUGAAUUAGUUUUGUUAAAGGAUUUGUUUUGUAGUAUUCAACACAUCUAUGGCAAAUUAUGCCCUUGAUACUAAAGUAUGUAAGCCCCCAAACCACAUUUGUUACUCGAAUUAUGCAAAUGAAAUGUGGAAUAUUUAUGCAAAUCAUGUCUGUGUUUGUUGUGUGUUUGUUUGUGGUAGCAUAGUUAAAUGUAGAUACUAUACAAUUGUGUGUACAUUGUUAUGUUUUAUUGAAAACUGUUGAACACUAGUAUGUUGUUAUAAAAGCCAUUGUGAUAUUUUCACCAAAACUAAAUUAAUCUGU